UGAUGUGGCGUAAACUCAAAAGCACUACUGGUGAAUGAUUGUCAAAUAAUAAUAAUAAUACUGAAUUUAGGGAAGUGAAAUGAACAGGAUUUUGUAAACAUGAUAACAAGCUAGAAAAGCAUUACUUCAGCCUAAGGUAAUAUAAAUCAUAAGAAGAGUCAGGAAGUCAUAAAAGGUCAGAAAUGAACGUUUGUCAAUGUAACGAGGGGAAAAAAAAAGGAAAAAAGUGCUAAUGUUUAUGGAGGAUUUGUUAGCCUUAUUGUAGGCCAAAGUAAACAUAGCGGUUGAACAUACUUUCUCUGUAUACAAAGAGUCGGCCUUCUGGUGGUGAUUGCUACUGCUUCAGUUACUGAUAGAAGACGUAGUUGAGCUCCUCUAGAUUUUAAUUUGCCUUUACUGGCUGGCUAUUGUAUGCUUAAAUUGAUGCAUUUAUAAUUUGUAGAGCCUGAAGAAGAAGAAUUUAUUGAAGCCACAAUUGUUCGCUCUAACUAAUAUCAAUUUAACUGAUGACUUAACGUGUAAAGCACAAUAUAUGUCUGUUACUUUUAAAGAAGUUUUGGCUUUCAAACUGUCAGCAUACAAUAGUUUCUGAAAUAUGAUCAGUUUAAUAUUCCUUUUCAGAUACUGUUCGAAUGAUUGAAAGCAAAGUCCGAAAUGUACAAUAUAUUUUUGAGUUUCCACAAAUCACAGACUUAUUUGAUGUAUCUGAAAGACAAGGACAGGGUACAUUUGCAUCUGUUCUAGCGGUUAAAAGUAAGCAAGAUACAGAUGAAUGCAAAUACUAUGCACUGAAAAUGAUCAUUCCAACUGUUGAUAUUCGAAGGAUUGAGAAUGAAGUUCGGAUUUUACGAAGACUUGGUGGUAAACACAAUGUAAUUGCAAUGCAUACAGCAAUGCGAAUUCGUGAUCAUGUCUUCAUUCUAAUGCCUUUUGUGGAUUAUAUUCCUUUCACAGAUUAUUAUUUAACAGCGGAUGAAAAAGAAAUUCGACGUUAUAUGCGUGCACUUCUUUCAGCUUUAGCACAUGUUCAUAAGUAUAAGAUUAUUCAUCGCGAUAUAAAACCGACAAAUUUUCUUAUGGAUCAAAAAACAAGACAAUUUUAUCUUGUAGAUUUUGGUUUAGCACAUUCUGAAGAGUUUGGAGAUAUUGAUGAAAGAUGGGAAAGAAAGUUUGAAGCUAAACGUACUUCAGAUGACAAAAGAAAUGAAACAAAGAAAAGAGUUUCAGACUCUACACAGUCGGACCGUUCUAUGUCAAGUGAUACCACUCAUCGGUCAACUAUAGCAAAUAAAGAAAAUAAUCCAACUCAUAGCAUAGCUACCGGGAAUUCUAGAUACAGUUUGAAAUGUCAAUCUCAAAAAAUUGAUCAUAUGCCGUCAUUUAAAGGUCCUACUGUUGUGAAAUCUACUCAGCAACAAGCAUCGUCAUCAUCUGCAGCAGUAGUAGCAGCAGCAUCAAAUACAUCAACAACAACAACAACAACACAAACUUUAGGACAAGGUGGUUGUGUAUGCGGUGCUCGACUAACUGUUUGUCGAGGUUGUAGACAUUUACCCCGAGCUCCAGGUGUUCGACGUGGUGGAACACUUGGCUUUAGACCACCAGAAGUAAUGAUGCGUCAUGUAGAACAGACAACUGCUGUUGAUAUCUGGGCUGUUGGAGUGAUCUUUCUAUCAUUUCUUUCUGGACGUUAUCCUUUCAUGAAAGUUGAUGAUGACUUAGAUGUACUGCAUGCUUUUACGCAUUUAGUAGGAUAUGAACGUAUGCAAAUGGGUGCAAGAAGUAUUGGACGUAGAUUAGUUCUUGAACCUAGACCAUUACCAAUGGAAGCGAGUGAUUCACCUGCUGCAUGGCUUAAAACAAGAUGUACUGCAAUCAGACGAUAUGAGAAAAAAUUUGCCGGUUUACCUCCUCUCCUCUCUAAAUCUGUAUCAACAGAGUCGAUUACUUCAGGUGGUGGUGGUGACAUAACCUGUCCACAAAGUAAUACCGCCGAGGUUGUUCAAGACACUCCACCGAAAAAUACAAUCGCUUUAUCAUCUACGCAUAUUUUCCCCAAUUCAGCUUAUGAUCUAUUGGCGCGUCUUUUAGAACCAUGUCCACGGAAACGUAUAACUGCCUGUGAUGCUCUUCGGCAUCCGUAUUUCUGCAGCACAUCAAAAAGUCAACGACAUUCUAGUAUACCUGUAAAAUAUCAAAAUAUUCAACAAAGUCUACUACUUCAAAGAAGUACAUCAUCACGUUUAAGUUUUUGUGAAUCAACAAAGAGCUUUGUGCCAAGACCACAGUUUUGUUAAAAGAAAAAGAAAUGAAGAGUUAAAGAAGGCUUAGAUCUUAUGCACAUAGAAAUAUGUAUAUAUUCAUAUUUUUGUAAAAACUGGUAUAUUCUCAUUCAAA